ACACUAAACAGCCUUUGAAAUUGCAACUAGAGAGAGACUGAGCUGAGCACAGUUUUAGGGAAAUCGCGCUCCUAUGCCUCAGAAAGAGAAAACUCGCAGGAUGAGUUCUUCUACCUCAUCCUCCAAAGUCCCAGGGGUAGAAAACACAUUAAAAGAUCUGGAUGAUGACGAUGAUACGGAGUGCAAAGAACUAGAAGGUUUGAAAGAAGCCUUGGAGAACCUCCGUGGUCUGUCCAGUGAGGAAAAAAAUGAAAAAGCCAUGUUACGCUCCCGCCUCCAGGAACAGUCUCAGCUCAUCUGCAUCCUGAAGCGAAGGGCUGAUGAGACGCUAGAACGCUGUCGAGUCCUGGAGCAGCUCAACACGGAGCUGGAGGAGAAAAGGAUGAAUGACGCCGAGCGUCUGGAGGCCCAGACCCAGCGCACGCUGAAGCUGGAGGCCCGCUUCAUGGACCUGGCUGCCAACCAUGAGGAGAUGAUCCGCUUCAAGGAUGAGCACAAGAGGCAGAAUAUAAAACUGAGAGAAGAGAAUGAAAUUUUGAGGAGGGAGAACAGAGAACAUUUCAGCCAAGCCCUGAAGGACCAGGAGGCCAAAGUGUGUCAACUCACAGCCCAGGGAGAAAAGUUGUCCAAAGAGCUAGAGGCCCUGAAGGGGAAAUGUGCUGAAGACACCAGCCGAGCUAAAGCCCGAGAGAAGGAGUUGAUGGACCUACAGCGCCAUCAAGCCAGCUCCCACAUUAAGGAAACCAGCUUGCUCCAAAACCAGCUCCACACUCUGGAGGAGAUGCACCGGAAAGCCUUGGCCAAGAUGGCUAAGGCUGAGGAGAAGCAGAAGGGCUUGAGCUCCGAGCUGAGCAGCCGUCUGGAAAAAGUGACCAAGGAGAAAGAGGAGCUGUUGCAACUCUCCAUGGAGAGGGGCAGAGUGCUUCAGAACAAACAGCUGGAGAUCCAGCAGCUUGAGGAGAAGCUGGAGAUGGCAGAGACAGCCCGGAAGAAUGCCUUGGAUCGUUUUGAGCAAGAAGCCGCCACCGUGAAUAGCAGCCUGAGAGUUCAAGAACUGAGCCGGAAGGUGGAGGGAAUCCAGAAGGCCUAUGAUGAACUUUGGUUGCAGUCUGAAGCCUUCAAAAAGCAUAGUCUGGAUCUUUUAACCAAGGAGAGGGAACUCAACGCCAAACUCCGACACCUCUUUCCAUAAGGCAGGCCUUGCUUCUGCUGGCCUCAACCAAAAUAUGUGUUUUCUUCUUUACUGGAACAGUAACCAGCCUUCCAUUUAUUAUAUUUCUAUUACACAAAGAACAGUCUUGAGACCCACUUUAUUGUCACUACUCUUGUUAUUCCAUCAUUCAAUUUUUGGUUCCACUGUCUAGAAUACACAGUUUUGUCAGAUGUCAUUUGUUUGCCUUGGAAAUUCAAUUCUCUUCAGAGCUUCUUCGCUCCCCCUGAUUUUUGUCAGGUUCUUUACAGGUUCCUGGAAAUUCAUUUUCAGCCUUUGAGAUGUCCGCAGCAGGUGGGACUUUCACCUGGUUAUAGUCUCUAGGGAAGUAAAAUUAUUCUUCAUAUGCAAUGACAUUUUCUGUUUCAAAAAUGGAGAUUUAUGCCUUUAAUAUGUACCUAGGAAGGUUUUGAUGGCUGUAUGUCCAGUCUAUCUUCCUUAGAUCAUAUUACAAGUGCAACUGCAAAGUGAUGCUAUAUUACUAAUGCCUGUGGGAGAGAGCAAAUACUGUUAAGUUUUUCCCAGAGUAGGCAGACCUCACCACAGUUAAUCUCUACAAAAAGUGUAGUUCACUUAAGUAAAAUGGGUUUAUUUCUCAGUUUAUAACUUAGUUCUUAGUUGUUUUUUUUCUUUAAUAGAGUAUUCAAAUGGAAAAUAGUGCAAAAAGCUGCAAAUUGAUUUAAUAUUGUCAAUGUAAUAUGCUAAAGGGAGAAGAGUAACUUAAUAAUCGAAGUAACAGGGAAUACAAAUUUGUUUAUUCUGGUUGUGUCACGGCAGAUUUCUUUUGUGAGAUUGUAAGUUUUGUUACUGUUGAAUAUACUGUGCAUAUUAUACAUUAGGCUUUUUCUUUUCUAUUAGUAUACUUGUAUUUCUUCCAUUGAAAUGUUUAGUUUUUAAAAAUCAAAACAAAAUAUAUACUUUUGUAUUUGGGGUACUAUGUUUUGGGGACAUCUGGACAACCACAGAGCUAUAAAUAAAAAAUACUGCUGCAUACA